UUAUUUUAAUGGAGAGUUACUCGACCGGGUCUAGUGACGACUACAACGGAGACACCCAAGGGCUUAUGGACAAGACUAACAAGCGCGCCGUCCCUCUCAGCUUUGUGGAGACUAUAGUUGACAUUUAUAACAAUAUCGCACAGAUUGAGUUCCUACAGUACUAUGUUAAUGACAAAGAUGACCCUAUUGAAGCUGAGCAUGUUUUUCCAAUCCAUACUAGCUGCACCUUGACCUCGUUCAAAGCUUAUGUUGGUGAUGAAGUUCUUGAAUCCAAGGUUGAAGAGAGAAGCUCAGCUAAACGCUUGUACUCGACUGCUGUUCAGAAAGGAGAGACUGCUGCCAUUGCCCAUCCUUUUCCUAAGACUAAUGACAUUAUGGAGAUCCAACUAGGAAACAUACCUCCUAACGUCCCUAUUAUACUCUCUUGCAUUUUCCACCAAGUAAUGGAGGUGGAAGAUCUCAGCUGGAAACUUCAUAUUCCUAGCAAAAUCUUUCCUCGAUAUGUUGGGGAUGUCCAAAAUUACAUCGAAAAAGGAAUUAACUUAAAGGGUAUGGUAAAGAAUAUGUACCCAGACACUAAAGCUGAUAGACAAGAACAUCAUAUUGACAGAUUAUCUUCCUUAUACUCUUCUAAUGAUUUCCAAUGGAAUCUAGAUAUUAAGAUCCACUCACAGAGUCCCCUCACUCGCAUUGUCAGUCCUACUCACCAGAUUGAAACAAAAUUUAGUGAUGAUAACAAUCAAGAAGCCCAUAUUAUGCUUUCUCCAUCAGAAGAGAACUUACUUUUUAAGAAAGACUUCAAGAUCCUCUACAGGAACCAUGAGAUCAACAAACCAACUGCCAUUAUGCAAAAGAAAGAUAACCUCUAUGUUCUGAUGGUAUGCAUGCUUGCCGACUGCACUCCAGAGAAGGAGUUUGAUGAAAAUAGAGAAGAGAUGUAUAAAGAUAUUGACCUUGACCCUGACGUAAAGUAUAAGGAAAAGAUAUAGAGAUCCAGACAGAUCCUCCUCAGUUCACUUUUGUUCUUGAUUGAAGUACAUCAAUGCGAAAGAAAAGAAUAGUUAUAGCAAAAGAAGCUCUUACAUUAUAUAUUAGAAGUCUUCCUCCUCGUUGUGAGUUCAACAUCCUUUGCUUUGGAGGCUCUCAUAAAUUUAUGAUGUCAAGCUACCAAACUUAUAAUGAUGAAAGCGUAAAAGAAGCUAUGAGAAUAAUCGAUGGAAUUAAAGCUAAUAAUUUCGGAACUGAGCUUUAUUCAUGAUUUGAAACUUUGUUCUCCUCUGGUAAUGUGAACAAAUCUCUUCAAAAUCAUGUUGUACUUCUUACUGAUGGUCUUGUAGCUAAUCCAGAAUGUUGAUAUGAACUUAUAAAAGAAAAUUCUGAUCAAUUUACCUUGAACACAUUUGGAAUUGGUUCUGGAGUCAGCACAGACUUCAUAAGGAAGUGUGCAGAGGCGGGAGGAGGAAAAUAUUACCUGGUUGACAAUACUUGUUCCACUUUAAAGGAAAAUGUCAUAAAUUGUCUUUCAGGUUCAUUUGAAGAAAAGAUAACUGUUUCCAAAAAAAAUAUAGCAACGAUAGGAAAUGAUCUUUAUGAAUACCCAAAGCUAGAAGAAAUUGAAUGAAGCAUGGCUCAUGGAAGCUAUUUCACUUAUUACCGGAUUAUUGACACUCGUGGCAAGCCAUUAAGAGGAGGUAUUUCAUUCUAUGUUCAAGAGAAGAAGAAUGGAGAAGAAAAUGACAUUUAUCUUGAAGUCAACAAUGAUGUGAAGAUGAUUGAUGGAGAUUUUAUCUUCAAAAUGUUCUGUGAUCAAUAUAUUAGAGGAAGUGACAAGCUGGCAUUGGGAAGAGAUGUGAUAGUAGAAAUGUCUUUGAAGUUUCAAAUAGCUAGUGGAUUCACUUCAAUGAUUAUCGUCGACUCUGAGAACUUAGUCAAGCAGUACAAACAGGCUAUAGAAGAAGUAAAGAAAGCCGACAAUUUUGAUUUUUCAUCAGCUCCUAAGAUAUCUGAUUCAGAUGCUGAUAGGAACAUGCCAAUAACUGUAGCGACCCUCGCUGGAGAUAGGACUCAUAUUAUGUGUUCUGAAAAUAAUACUGUUGAAGAAUUAUUUAAUGAGAUUGCUUGAAAGAAGAAUUGAGAUCCUAGUAUUUUGAAAGUGUCAUUUCGUUCAAAGCAAUUACGAAAUGAUAAAGGUACCACUCUUGGAGAGGCUGGUUUUAAACCAAACACCGAAGUUUUGUUAAUCCCGAGGCUUACUGGAGGAGGGUUUCCUUUAUGUGUUAAGUCUAGAACAGAAAUAGAGUGAGAUAAAUUAGUUGGAAUGCAAAGCUAUGAUGGGUCAUGGGGGUCUGCGAUCAAAAGGUUUGGGAAUUUCCAUCUUGAACAUGCGAUUCAGAAUUUACCGAGAGAAGUUAGAGAUUUGCUUGCUGAGGACAAGAUUGAAUCUAUUUUGUAUACUUGGCUGGCAUUGAAAAUUAUCGAUGAGUACUUUUCUGAUCAGAAAGAUGAGCUUGAGUUGGUCAUCAGAAAGGGAAAAGAUUAUAUUUUUGUCAUUACCAAUGGGCAUUUGGAUUACGAAGAUAUAAAUGAGAGUAUUCACUUUAUGUAAUAAUCAAAUCAUAUUUGAGUGAUUCAAAGGCAACCUUCUUGUGAAGUGUAUACCCUUAAAAAUCACAAUAAGUGCUAUAAUGCACAGAGAAAUGCAGACAUAAUGUAUUUUCUCAUAUUCAAUCACCUGA